AUGGUUGAAACAGUUGCCAGCCCGUUCUUUGACCUCUUGGCAACAACACAAGCGCUUUUCAAUCUCUACAAACCAAAGGUAUUGAAAAAUCAGUUUAGCAAGGCUUGGAUUUGGCUAAAUCACAGAGAAAAAGAUAUGAUAAGCAGCAUCCAAUUCGGUUGGGCUGUGCAUACAGGAUUGUACCCAGAUGAUCGUCCAAGGCUAACAACAUUCUGGGUGUCAGAUAGACACCAAAACGGAUGCUGCAACACGCUAUGUCGAGGAGGAUAUGUCCAAGUCCAUAAAGCAAUCUACCCCGGUAUGGCUUACGAUAAAGUUAGUGUUUUAAGCAAAAAACAAUACGAUGCGCAUCUUCUCGUCGGUCAGGAUUCCAGAACAAAGAGCUGGUUAUUGAUGACCGGGAAGACCUUGAUAGGCUACUGGCCCUCUCAAAUUUAUUCGAAUGAAGGAGCAUCACAAGUUUACUUCGGCGGGUAUGCAGGAGGGCCAACUAGAGCUAUCAGCCCUCAGAUGGGGGCAGGGACUUUUCCGAGACAAGUAGGAUUUCAAAACAAGCUAGCAUGUUUCAUGAAACAACUUAAAACUUUCGAAGACAACGGACUGAGCGAUAUUAAUUGCCAUGAGUAUGACGAAUAUGUGAAGAGUCCAAAUUGUUAUGAUAUAUGGUAUCGUCAGUUUGAACUAGGCAGAGGAGAGACGCUCACAUUCGGUGGACCUGGUGGGGAGUGUGGUAUGAUCUAA